AUGCCUGUAACGCGAGGACGAGCACGUAUGAUGGAGAAUGAGGAGGAAGACGUAGAGAUAGAAACGUCACAGAUGAUGCAGGAGACACAAGAUGAACCGGAGCAGCAGUCUCCGACCGCAGUGGAAGCGCCUAAAGUGGUCAACUUGAAGGAAAUGGCUAAGCAGUUGACAAGCACGCUCAAGCAUCUCCUGACGACACACCGUCAGCUGGAAAAUGAUGCGGCCAUGAUUCAGGCUGGAAUGGACGAGCUGCAUCGUAUGCAAGAAAAUCGGGCGGAGCGAAUCGUUGGACGGCUUAAGAACGCAAGCUCGACGAUCCUUACCUUUGGCGAUGCCAACGAAGACGCACAUAAAGAGAAUCCUGGACACGAGGGUGAUGAUUACGAAGACGAGAUGAUGAACUAG